GAGAAAACGGUAGUGGAGUACCAGGAGGAGAAUGAUCGGCUACGGAGACUGCUGCGAAUCACACCAGAGAUACAACUAUGUAGAAUAGACUCCCUGCAGCUCUCUGUCUCUGAAGAGGUGGCUCCCCCUGAGCAGCAGCACUGUGAGCAGGAGUGGAGCCCCAGUCGGGGACAGAAGGACCCAGAGACCAAACAGAUUAAAGAGGAACAGGAGGAAGUCAGGACCAGUCAGGAGGAAGAGCAGCUUCAAGGGUUCUUUGAUACCAAAGACUCCAUAUCCACUCCUUCCUGUGUGAAAAGUGAAUGUGAUCUGGAGAACCCAUGUCAAGAAGCCGUACGAGCUGAACACCCAACUCUCAGUCCACUGAAAGCGUCUAAACUACAGUCGUUUUGUGUGUUUUUAAAUGAAUGUUUAACGGCAUCUGCUGCUGUGGAGAUUUUGGUGCGAUUGAGAAAACUGUAGCAGAGUACCAGGAGGAGAAUGAUCGGCUACGGAGACUGCUGCAGAGGACACCAGAGAUACAACUAUGUAGAAUAGACUCCCUGCAGCUCUCUGUCUCUGAAGAGGAGGUUCCCCCUGAGCAGCAGCACUGUGAGCAGGAGUGGAGCCCCAGUCUGGGGCAGAAGGACCCAGAGACCAAACAGAUUAAAGAGGAAGAGGAUGAAGUCAGGACCAGUCAGGAGGAAGAGCAGUUUCAAGGUCUGGAGCCUGAUAUCAUGGAGUUCAUAUUCACUCCUUCCUGUGUGAAAAGUGAAUGUGAUCAGGAGGACCCACUCUGGUCCUUGACUCUUCCCCAAACCCAGACUGUGGAGAACAGAGAGAGAGACUCUAAACCAGUGGAUCUCAAACCUUUUGCCACUGUGACCCACAUUAAGGGUCUUGACAUUCACUGUGACCCUCCAGUUAAUCAAAACAUUGCCUCCAGCCACAGCUCAGCCGUAAUCAGCAACCCAUUAGGACUCGACAGCAGCUCACCAUUGCAUCCUAAACCACCAUUGGAUCCCAACCCACCAAUGGGGGAACGCGGUUCCAAACUCAGCACCACGUCUAUAAAAACUCACCACUGCCGUGACUGUGGUGCAACGUUUCCUCUGAAAGCUGAACUGCAGAGACAUGUGACUCUCCCCAAGAAUAUAAUCAGCGAAUGCCGCUACUGCAAUAAACAAUACAAUUCCACCUGUAAAUUGAAGACCCAUAUCCAACUCUGUCACAUUGAGAGAUCCUGCACAUGCCCUGUUUGUGGCAAGAUCAUCAAACACAAAGGAGAUCUGUCCAGGCACAUGAGUGUUCACACAGGAGAGAAACCAUUUAGCUGUGGUGACUGUGGAAAAAGCUUCAAUCAGAAGGGGCACCUGAACUUGCACAUACUGAGUCACACAGGAGAGAAACCAUUUAACUGUAGUGACUGUGGGAAAAGCUUCUAUCAGAAGGGAGACCUAGGGAAUCAUAUGCUGACUCACACACAAGAGAAACCAUUUGGCUGUGGUGACUGUGGGAAAAGCUUCUAUCAGAAGGGACACCUUACAGAUCAUAUACGGACUCACACAGGAGAGAAACCAUUUAGCUGUGGUGAUUGUGGGAAAAGCUUCAAUUUGAAGGGGAACUUAAGGAAGCACAAACUGACUCACACAGGAGAGAAACCAUUUAGUUGUAGUGACUGUGGCAAAAGCUUCAGUCAAAAGACUAACCUGCUGACGCAUGUCAAAAACAUCCACAAAGGAAGAAAACAGGAUGAGUAGUGAAAGAAUAAAGAAAAUUAGGAUAAAGAUGUUCUGUCAGAAGAUAGGAAUAACAGGCAGGAUGUGGACAACACUCGUAGGAAAGGAAAGCUACUCUGGAUAAUUUAUGCGGUUGGUUCGAGAUCAAUAGAUGGUAGUGUGAUGGAUUUACUAUUGUAAAACAUGCUAUAUGAAUACAGUUUGAUUUGAAUUAUGAUGUAAUGCUUAAACAUUACACAGCAUUGUAGGAAGCUCACAGGUCUGCUGUUCAGUCUGUUUUCACGUUAUUAGAAACAGGAAUUUCUGGUAAUUUGUUUUCGAAUGUCUCUCAGGUGAUGAGAGAAUGGUCUGACUGAUGCCAUUGACACAUUAAAACGUAACACUUUCUGUAAAAUAUCUCAUCAAACUAUUUCCCAUUGAUUUUUGACCAAAUCUUGCUCAUUCAUGAUAUUGAUUUAAGAUUUUAUGGAGUAAUGAUAUACAGUAGACUCCUGAGAAUUGAUUAAAAGCAUUCCGGGUGAAGCUGGUUGAGAGAAAAUAGUAAAAAUAAAGAAAACCCCUUUUUAAAUUUUUAAAUUUAAAUGAUUAUACAAAAUUCAUGCAACCAAUAUAAUGUUAUAUAUAUGGGGGAUACAACCUUACCAGCUCUGUAGAGUUUUGCUGCUUAGUUAAAUAUAUGGCAAAUAGAAAUAAAACUGGAUGGAUGUUAGUUAUGACUACUUUGUGUCAUGUGGUGUUGUCUCUAACUUCUUGCCAUUUGUGCUGUCGUCUGUGCCCAAUUAUGUGCUGCUACCAUGUUGCGUUGCUACCAUAUUGUUAUGUUGUGUUGCUACCAUGCUGUGUUGUCAUGUGUUGCUGCCUUGCUAUGUUGUCUUAAUUCCCUCUUUAUGUAGUGUUGUCUCUACUGUUGUAAUGUGUGUUUUGUCCUAUAUUUAUAUAUUUAUUUAUUUUUUAUUCCAGUCCCCGGCCUCGCAGGAGGCCUUUUGGUAGGCCGUCGUUGUAGAUAAGAAUUUGUUCUUAAUAACUGACUUGCCUAUUUAAAUAAAAAUCAGAAAUAGAUGGGAGAGGUGAAGGUUAGAGAAAGGAUAGGAGUAAAAACAAACAAAAUAUAACCUCUGUAAAAUGGAUUGUGUCCGUAAAAUGUAUAUAGUAUGUAUUUUUUUUAACCUUUAUUUUACUAGGCAAGUCAGUUAAGAACAAAUUCUUAUUUUCAAUGACGGCCUAGGAACAGUGGGUUAACUGCCUGUUCAGGGGCAGAACAACAGAUUUGUACCUUGUCAGCUCGGGGAUUCGAACUUGCAACCUUUCGGUUACUAAUCCAACGCUCUAACCACUAGGCUACCCUGCCGCCCCAAAUGUAUAAGCUGGAAGUAGAAGCCUAAAUGUUGUUCAUUAGUUUACUCCAAUUAGGGGAGGAGUGGUAGGGUUAGGGGGAAAUACAGGGAAACAUACUUUUAAAAGAUGUAUAUACAGUGCAUUCGGAGAGUAUUUAGACCUCUUGACUUUUCCACAUUGUGCAACAUUAUAGCCUUAUUCUAGAAUGGAUUAAAUUGCUAAAAAAAAAAAAAAACUAUCUACACACAGUAUCCCAUAACGACAAAGCAAAAACUGUUUUUUUUAGAAUGUUUUGCACAUUUAUAAAAUAAACUGAUAUCUAAUUUACAUAAGUAUUCAGAUC